AUGACCGAUACACCAUUAUCCAAAGGAGCACAACUCAGAGAGCAUGCUUGGGGCAUCAUCAAUGUGCUCCAAGCACUCUUCUGGGGUCUUGUGGCUUCCCCAAAACGCAACAAACGUAUUCUUAAGAUUUCCUUGUCCUUGACUAUGGCCGUGGCUUUUACGUUACCUCCCAUAUUCUCAAAUUUCCACGGGGCAAACCCAUUUUUGCUAGGGACAGUUGCUAUUUACAUGUUUCCCGUCAAGACUAUUGGAGGGCAGCUUGUAGCUACAGCUAUCGGACUAAUAGGCGUCCUAAUAGCCCUUGCGUAUUCAAACUUAGUUCUCUUUCUUGCCGCACUAAUCCAGGACGACGAUGAUGAGAACAUUGUUUUCGGCCGCCGAGUGUUUUUAUGGCUAUCCUUCAUUUUAAUUUCAUCGUUUUGCGGAUACAUCCGCUCCAAGUUCCCUCGUCUCUAUCUUGGUACAGUUCUAGGCAUGGUUGUCAACAUGUUUGCUAUCAUUAGAGGCGUCAACACCUUCGGACAAACUUUCCGGAAUUUCUUCUACGUCAUGGUAUUCGGAGCCUGUGUGUCUAUGGUCGUCGGUUUCGUUUUUUGGCCUGAAGAUCAUUCCUCUAUCCUUCGAGAUGAUAUGAUCGGUGGAGUAAAGACAGCACAGAGUAUGAUGGAGUCAGUCCGGUGGGCUUUGAGGCAAGACUCGGGUCAAGAGAUCGAUAUCACUUCACUCAAGAACGCACAUUCAAAGAUCCAUGCUUCUCUACGAGAGGCUGGUUAUGAAAUCUCUGUUUCGAGGAUUCCAUCGUCAGAAUUCGUUCCUUUUGAUGUGGCCUUGGCCAAGCUGGUGUCUGCAGCACGGAUAUUUAACUCCGCCAUGCGAAGGAGAAACCGACUCUAUCCGAACCUCAGACGCCGCUUUGAAGAUCUCUUUCCACCUGCAAUCAUUCAUUCAACACGCACUUCUUCCGUGACAGUGGUCACAAGAGGAGAAAACAUGUCUGCUGCAAAAGAAACAGUUGAUGAUACUUUUGUUAGCACAUCGGAAAUCUUCGACUCGAUGGCUCAAAGGAUUGAAGAGAUGUUUCGAGGACAUGAAGUCGCCUCCGUGAUUGAUCAUGAAAAGUACUGGGCUAAAAUUAAUGAGAUCCCGGAAAGAUGGGACGCCGAAUCUGGCCAACGCUCGGUAUCAAGCACAAGAGAGCUCGAAGAAGCAGCUUAUCGAGAUCAAGUUAAUACCAUUCUGUUGGAAAUGUUUGACAUUGUAACGGAUAUCGCUGUGAUUGUUGAAGGUAUCAAGAAACAGAGACUAACCCUCUGGCUUCCUCGUAAAAUCUAUCGAGAAACAGAAGAUUCCGCCAACGAGGAAGGGGAAGAGGCUAGUCGAGAUGCCAUAGACCCGGAUGAGGACGAGGAUUUGAUGCUUCGUGAAGCAACAACUCGAUUGGAUCGCUUUGGCAUCUUUCUUUCUGAUCUUUUGAGCUCGUUAAGGAACUCUCGCCAUAUAAAAUACGGAAUCAAGUUCGCUGUCGUCAUGGGUCUUCUAUCUCUCCCCGCUUUCAUUCAAAGAUGGUACAUUUGGUACGAGGACUUGAGGGUUCAAUGGGCCCUUAUUUCCGCCAUGGUGGCCAUGGAAACCACACGAGGAAUGACUUUUAGGACAGCUGGCAUGAAACUCCUUGGUGCUUUGAUGGGUGGAUUUUCGGCUUGGGCCGUCAUGUCGAUUGGACUUGGACAUUAUUACAGCUCGAUCUGUCUCACCCCAAUCAUUGGUUUGAUAGUUGGAUGUCUCGUUACAAAUCCCAAAUACAUGAAAGCAGGAACAGUAUUUGCACUGGCAUACAACAUUAUACUCGGUGUCGCAACUGUCUUCCCCGAUCACGGAAAUGUCUCUGCUGCAUUUGCGAGGAGAAUUUUGACACUUCCUGUAGGUGUCGUAGUUGCCAUGGCGGUGCAUCUUAUGCUGUUCCCCUUCAAGUCCAGAAGCCACCUGGUGAAAGGCAUUUCGCAUUCUCUUGACUGGCUACACCAUCUCUUAUUUGCCAUCGAGGCUAGCUCGCAAUAUCCAAGUCUACAAGAAAAGUUCGACGAUAUGGCGAAGAAAGCUUCCAGUAGAGUCAAUUUUGCCAAGUUGCUAUUGCCAGCCACUGUUUACGAAGUCUCGCUUUCUGGACACUGGCCAUACGAAAGAUUUGAAAGGAUCCUUGAAAAGGUGGAAGAUGUAAUGAUCCUAGUUAUCGGCGAGAAUGAUGGGAUACCGGUCAUGGCUAGGUCUGGGACCUGUGAAGGGUUGAGACUGAAGCUGUUGGCAUCGCUCUGCAACGAUCUGCUCGUGAUAUCUCACACGCUUAGUGCUAGACUAUUCAUGCCUCGAAACCAAUCUCUAUCAUCCUCUGUUCUCAGCGAAUAUCAGACGUUCCUCUCGGCUAAGAUUGUAGCGGAAGAAGUUGUUAUCAAGAGGAAUUUCUCCGAUUUAGGAAGACUUUCAGAUCUGGUCAACGAAAUGAACUUGCUUCGUGAAGAUGUAGACGAGCUCAUCACCGAAACUCAAUGUCCCAAGAGGGGACUAUUGCCGCAGUUAUCGUUCAUCAUCAAAAAGUCCAGGCCUGCCACGGCAGUUGCCAGUAUGGUAGACGUGGAAGGUCAAGCCUUUGAACAGCCACCGGUACCAGCGGUCCCAUACAACGAUGUCAGACCACCAAGCAGAGCUUAUUCACUCCCGCCAAACAUGCCUUAA